CUGCCUUACCCAUCGACCUGAGCUGAUUAGGGGUGCUGUGUGAGGCGAUAGGGAGGUGCUCAUCAUAACCAACCACCACUCGCUACUACUGCUAGCUCCUCCCUCCCUCUCCUUCUACCUCUUUCUCUUUUGCUUCCUUGUGUGUUCCAAGAGGGAGAGAGAAAGAGAGGGGCGCAUGCUCCGGUUGCUAGCUUCAGUUCGAUCCGUGUAGCUCUGCUAGCUCCUUCUCGAUCGAUCACCCGACUUUCGGGAUUCAUUAUCAUCCGGUUGGUGCUUAUAUACUAUUGAUAUCGAUCGGUCGUCGGUGGUGCAGAAGAAGCCGGAGAGUCAGGUAGGCUACUGUCCAAGCUAAGGAGAGACUAUACUAGCAGUCACGCUGCCGCACAGCUGCGUGACUUGGACUGGCCAGUCGCAGUGUGACCGGCCGGUAGCUCGCUCUGCUAGCAGCAGUGGUGGACUGGUGGUGGUGGUGACCAAUCCACCAAUCAACUCGUGAGCUAGCUAGCUGAGAUCGAUCGAUACACAUGGCGGCCGCCCACCUGUUCGGACUCGGCGACGCGCAGAUGCAGCCGCCGCUGCCGCAGCAGGCGGCGCCUCCUCCUCCGGCAGCCGCGCCGGCGCCCAAGAAGAAGAGGAACCAGCCCGGUAACCCAAAUCCGGACGCUGAGGUGAUCGCGCUGUCCCCCAAGUCGCUGCUGGCGACGAACCGGUUCGUGUGCGAGGUGUGCAACAAGGGGUUCCAGCGGGAGCAGAACCUGCAGCUGCACCGGCGCGGGCACAACCUGCCGUGGAAGCUCAAGCAGAAGAACCCCAAGGAGACGCGGCGGCGGGUGUACCUCUGCCCGGAGCCGACGUGCGUCCACCACGACCCGUCGCGGGCGCUUGGCGACCUCACCGGCAUCAAGAAGCACUACUGCCGCAAGCACGGCGAGAAGAAGUGGAAGUGCGACAAGUGCAACAAGCGCUACGCCGUGCAGUCCGACUGGAAGGCGCACUCCAAGACCUGCGGCACCCGCGAGUACCGAUGCGACUGCGGCACCCUCUUCUCCAGGAGAGACAGCUUCAUCACCCACCGUGCGUUCUGCGACGCGAUGGCGCAGGAGAGUGCACGGGCGCCGCCGAUCGGCGCGGGCAUGUACGGCUCCGGCGGCAUGGCCCUCGGCCUCUCCGGGCUGGCCGCCUCUCAGCUGCAUUCCUUUCAAGACCAAGCCCACUCGUCGGCCGCCACCGCCAUCGGCGGCAAUCCGGCGGCGCAGUUCGAACACCUCAUGCCGUCCUCGGCCGGCUCCCCAGCGUUCCGCGGCGCGCAGCCAGCGUCGUCAUCCUCCUCGCCGUUCUACCUCGGCGGCGCCGAGGAUGGACACCAGAGCCAACCGGGACACACCUCUCUGCUCCACGGCAAGCCGGCCUUCCACGGCCUGAUGCAGCUGCCGGAGCAGCACGGCCAGCCGGGGAGCAACGGUCUCCUAAACCUGGGGUUCUUCUCGGGCGCGAGCAGCGGCCAGGACGCGCGCCUCGUCUUCCCGAACCAGUUCAACGGUGCCACAGGAGGGAACGGCCGCGGCGAUGGCAGCGAGCAUGGCAACAGCGGCGCCAACACCGGGUCCGCAGCCAUCUUCUCCGGGAACCUAAUGGGCAACCAAAUGGCAGGCGGCGGCGGCGGCUUCUCUUCAUCCUUGUACAACUCAACCGAGACCGUCGCGCCGCCGCAGAUGUCGGCGACGGCACUGUUACAGAAGGCCGCGCAGAUGGGCGCGACGACGAGCGGCGGCGGAGGCGGCAGCGUGAACUCUCUGCUCAGGGGGCUCGGUAGCGGCGGCGCCUUGAACGGGAGGCCAUCCGGUGCUGCUGGGUUCAUGGCCGGGGAGAGCUCGUCGUCGAGGAGCACUUCUCAGGCCGAGAACGAGAGCCAGUUCCGGGACCUGAUGAACUCGCUGGCGGCUUCCGGGAGCGGUGGCUUCCCCGGCAUGGACGACGGGAAGCUGAGCACGAGAGACUUCCUUGGCGUCAGCGGCGGCGUCGUGCGGAGCAUGGGCGGCGCGGCGGGGCUUCCGCUGCGGCACGGCGCCGCGGGCAUUGGCAUGGGCUCAUUGGACCCAGAAAUGAAGUAGGAGAUCAUCGAAUGGAAAGCAACCAAGGCAAGGCAAGACAUGCAUUGAUCAUUGGAGCCAUGCAUGGGCAUUGGCAUGGGCUCAUUGGACCCAGAAAUGAAGCAGGACAGCAUAGGGUUCAUGGAGUUGCAUUGGUUGGUGAAUGGUGAUGAAGAUGCUGAUGAGGCCAUCAACCAUCAUCAUCAGUGUUAUGAUGCUGCAUGGUGAAUAUAAAGGUGAUUUGCAUUAUCCAUGCAUCUGUGUUGUUCAAUGGUGAUGAAUUGGUGAUGGGAUGUAUUGUAGGGCAGUACGUGUAGUAGCUUCUGGAGAACAUGAAAUUCGACCAGCAAAUAAUAGCAGAAAAGGCCGGACCGUUUAAUUACAUUUCGUUAAAUGUCGGUGUCUAAUUAGUCAAUAGUUUUGGCUCUAAUAAGUUAAUAAUUUUGGCAGGGAUUUUGUACCGAUGGUACUAUUUAAUUUGAAUUUGGGUAUUUUUUGUCA